AUGGCCUCAGAAAUCACCGACCACGAUCAGAACGCGUCGCCUACUGUCCACGACGAGGGCAAUGGCAACAAUGGCGCACUUGUCGCAGGCGAUGUCAACCGCGGUACUAAGCGCCCGCGCCCGGCCGCAGACGACGACGAUGACGACGAUGACAAGCCCGGCCGCGAGCGCAGGAAGAUCGAGAUCAAGUUCAUCCAGGACAAGUCGCGCCGGCACAUCACCUUCUCGAAGCGCAAGGCCGGCAUCAUGAAGAAGGCCUACGAAUUAUCCGUCCUCACCGGUACCCAGGUUCUGUUGCUUGUUGUCUCUGAGACCGGUCUGGUCUACACCUUCACCACCCCAAAGCUCCAGCCGCUCGUCACGAAACCCGAAGGCAAAAACCUCAUCCAGGCCUGCUUGAACGCGCCCGAGCCCGCAUCUGGCGACGCCAACGGUGUCGACGGCGACAAUCCCGUCGACUCCCCAGAAGACAGCCAUCCCCAGGUCCCGACCGGCCGCCCUGGCGCCAUGCCACAAAACACUGGCAUGCCGCCAGCAUACAUGACCCCAGAGGCUGCACUCCACUACCAGUCAUACCUUCAGCAACAACAGCAGCAGUCAAAUCAGUACCCCGGAAUGCCACCGCAGGGAGGCAUGGCCCGCCACCCAGGCCAUCAAUACCCUCAAGAUCAAAAACUCAGCUAA